CUGAUAGGAUCGCUGAUAGGAUCGCUGAUAGGAUCGCUGAUACAUGUAGGAUUAUAACUUUUGACCCCUCCAUCGUCAAACCACUUCACGCGACAAGAGAUCCCCAACGCUCACCACCGACGCGAUGGAUCAGAUAUCUCUUAACCACGAGGCCUCGGCCGGCGACACACACAAACAAUUGGUUACGUCACUUCCUCCGGAAGUCGUCCAAUGCCUCGAAAAUGCUCGCUUUCUUCACCUGGCGACAUGUACCGAUAACCAACCGCACGUGUCACUGAUGAAUUACACUUAUAUCCCUUCUUCACAAUAUUCUUCCGCGCCGGUUAUCGUCAUGACGACGAAUCCUUCGUCUAAGAAGACUAAUAACCUCGUGGUCAACCCUAACGUCUCCUUAUUAGUUCACGACUGGGUCUCACAUAGGCCUCCAACCCAGGGCCGGAGGAUGUCGGGUGGCUCUCCCGGACCCGAGAAUAGAUCGAGCCUAGCAUCGCUACUGCUGAACCUCAACACGAGCGCCAUAUCCAGCAUCAGUGCAACAAUCAACGGGACAGCGGAGCUCGUAUCCCGCGGCUCGGCCGAGGAGGAAUAUUAUCGUAGCCAGCAUCUCGAGAACAACACCUUCGACUCCGAGGGCGGCGUCGCGUUCAACGCUGCGGGUGGGCUGACACCGGGAGGGCAGGAAGAUGGUGGUCGCGAGUGCUUCGUUGCGGGCGAGGAGGUGCGCGUUAUACUGGUGCAUAUCAAUGAUAUACGAACCAGCGACUGGAAGGGCAGCGUCAAGGAUUGGGUUUUGGUUCCGGAUGCGAAUCCGGCGCCGACUGUGAAUGGUGGGGGAGCUGGUCUGUGAGUAGGCGAAGUUGAGCUGCUUUUGAGAGAGGCAGCUUUAUUAUUUGCUCAGUGUCGCUUCACUUCAGUUCGGCGCAUUUGGUAAGUUCUUUGCGAGACAGGAGGAUUUUCACCCCUACUAUAUGUUCCAUGCAUUAUAACAUCGGAAUGGCUCGUCCUAUAGCACUUUACAUGGGUUAAAAACCAAUUACGCUUUUUAGUCAAGAUUUAAGUAGUAGAGAAUACGUUAAAAGAAGUAGCCCGUUUGGCUACCUAAAACUAUAUCACGUAUAUACUCCAUGUUUACCAUUUUGAGGGUUAGUUAAUUCAUAAUAAUAUUUGAUUUCGAACU